CCGGUCCGUGCGGUAACCGGCUCCGCGCGUCCGGCCGCGACUGCCGGGGAAAGAGCGCCGAGCGGAGCAGCCGGGCCGCGUGCCGCCUGCAGAGCGAGCGGCCCCCAUGCCUGGCGGUUACGGAGUGAUGGGUGACGAGGGCUCUAUCGAUUACAGCGUUCACGAGGCCUGGAAUGAAGCCACCAACGUGUACCUCGUAGUGAUCCUUGCCAGCUUCGGGCUCUUCAUGUAUGCCAAGAGAAAUAAAAGGAAAAUUAUGAGAAUAUUUACUGUGCCGCCUCCAACAGACACCCUGUCAGAGCCCAACUUUUAUGACACAAUAAGCAAAAUUCGUUUAAGACAGCAACUGGAAAUGUACGCCAUCUCCAGAAAGUAUGAUUAUCAGCAGCCACAGAGCCAAGCUGACAGUAUACAGCUUUCAUUGGAAUGAAAUCUCAGAAAAUGAGCAGCAGAAAUGAUCGUUGUUCAAGAGUGCAGUCUCCUCACGCUGCUAAAUCAUGGGCAGCAUUUUUUAAAACUUCUGUCUCCAUAAAAUCAUUUUAUUUGUGACUUUUCCCCAAUUUUUUGGUGUGUUUUGUUUCACUUUUUUUUUUUUUUUUUUUGGCGGUACACGGGCCUCUCACUGUUGCGGCCUCUCCCGUUGCGGAGCACAGGCUCCGGACGCGCAGGCGCAGCGGCCACGGCUCACGGGCCCAGCCGCUCCGCGGCACGUGGGAUCUUCCCGGACCGGGGCACGAACCCGCGUCCCCUGCAUCGGCAGGCUGAUUCUCAACCACUGCGCCACCAGGGAAGCCCUGUUUCACUUUUUUAAACCUCAUCUCCAAAUCAUUUGUUGCACAAAUUAGAAAUUCCUCAACAGGCCUGAACACAGAGUCUGCACGUACCUAGGAAGAUAGACUAUCACCAGAGACGGUGACUUUACCUUGUGAAGACUUCGAUCCCUUCAGGAUACAAUCAGGAAAUAAAAACACAUCUUUGGGAGCAAGAGUCUGGAGCUGAUGCCACUUUGGAACUCUUUUGCCAACUUAAAAAAAAAAUCUAAUCAUUGGAAUAGCUUCCUCUUCGACUGUGUUCUGGGAUAAAUAUAAUACGGAUAACGGACUAACGUGUGUGCUUAUGGCUGGUGUUACCUCUCACCGAAUUAACCGUUUUUGCUACUUCAGAAUUUGCACAGUAAACUGUCUUUUCUGCAUUGUGAAAUUGUGGUGCGCACCCCCCUGCUAACUGUAGAAGUUUUCUGUGACUGGAGUUUGUUCCCCUCAAUUGUAUUCCCAGGAGUUUCUUCCACCAGAAGAGUCUUCUUUCGGCCAUGCUGGGGCUACACUGCACAAUACGUGGGCACCUCUGACUGGUGUCAGCGGCUUGCUUUUGGGUCAUGUGACCGUCAGUCUUUAAUGUAACUUAUGGUUUCUUAGGCUUUUUUAGCAUAAUAAGCUUCCCUGCAGACUCUCAUAUCUUGUACCAUUUUUGUACUGUACAUUGCAACGUUUUCGCCCAGUUUUUCAUACUUAUUUAAAUAAAAGCCGGUUGGAGAUAGUGGCAGGGAGGUUCAACUGUCCGUGUAACUGUCCAUAAAUUCGUUUUCGAAUCAAAACUAUAAUUUUAAGAGUUAGAGUUAAUAUUUCAAGCAUUAUUGCCUUUCCUGUAUAAUUAUGAAGUAAAGAAUAUAAAUCUUAAAUGAAAAGGUUUAGAUCAAAUAAAAUCAUUCCAGGGAAAUUGCAUUUACUUUUAAAGUUUAAAUGUUUCAAGUGUAUAUAUAUAUCGUACAAGGUGAAUUGUUGGCCAAAUGGAGUAAUUCUUUCUUAACUCACAGAUGAGUUUGAAUGCACAGCCUGUAUGUAGAAUGAAUCCUCGAACUGAAGGAUUGUAAACAGUUACAGUUGUGACCUGGGGAUAGCAGAGCAGCAAGGGGACAAUCUUCUUAAACUUUGCUUUGCUCUCGUGUAAUCAGGAGCGGGAGCGGUUUACCUGCUGCCCCUGAUAUGUGGCACACAUCUGGACAGAUCACGAGAACUGG